CUACAAGCCAGCCAACAAGAGCAGCAGCAUGACAGGUGAGACACAGCUGGAGAUAGCAGACGAACACUGAAACUAAGAAGAAAGUCAUAACAAACUGACUGGUCUUCUGACUGACACAUUUUUCACUCAAGACUCAAAGGCUGCUGGUAGGAUGUCUGUUGCUGCCCAAGAUGAAGAGGAGCUGCCUGCCAAUCACACAGGUCCAAAAGGUGUCAUUAAUGACUGGCGAAGGUUCAAGUUGGACAGUGUGGAUCAGAAUAUCCCUCAAAGCAAGAGAGAGCUACUCAGACAGAUGUCCAAUCCUAGAGAUGAUGACAAGGAAAGACUCAACAGAAAGAUGAGUGUUCAGGAGUACGAGAUGAUCCAAGACGAGGAUGAACGUUGCCUGAAACGCUACAGAAAACAGUGUAUGCAGGAAAUGCACGAGCGCCUGAGCUUUGGUCCCAAGUUUGAAUGUGUCCACGAGCUUGAGAGCGGAGAAGCCUUCCUGGAAGUGAUAGAGAAGGAACAUAGGUUGACUCUAGUGGUAGUCCACAUCUACCAGCAUGGUGUCAAAGGCUGUGAGCAGAUGAACUCGUGUCUGGACUGUCUGGCUACAGAGUACUGCUCUGUUAAGUUCUGCCGCAUCGAUGCUGUGGCAACAGGUGCAGCUGAGCGCUUCACCACUGAGGUUCUUCCUACUCUGCUGGUGUACAAGGCUGGUGAAUUACUCGGUAACUUCCUGGCUAUUACCAAACACUUCAACGAGGAGUUCUUUGCAACGGACGUGGAGGCGUUUCUCAAUGAAUAUGGCCUCUUACCUGAAAAGGAGUUUGCUGCAUGCCCAGAUGAUGAUGAUGCUGCAGGGGAUGUGGAAUAAAAGAAGAAAACAGAACAGUCUCCUAAGAAAGUGUAUGAAGGAGUGGAAUAGGGAGGCAGUGGAUAGAAGGAAUGCUGAAAAAAGGAAAAAGAGCAAGGUGACAGUGUUUCAGUCAGGACAUGCACGCAAGUAAAGACGACAUAAAUCAUAAACGCACAGAAUAGAAAACAACCUGCAGCACAUGCUGAAUGCAGAUUGUAUUUAGAAGCAGCUAGGUGUAAACCACAGGGUGUGAUGAAGUCUGUACCGAAAUACUGCUUGCAAGUCAUGUAUAUCUCCAAUAAAAGACAUUUAUCAAAAUGCUUUUUUUCUGUGGCCACCUGUUUAACAGUGUAAUUAAAUUGAGUUUAGUAAAACUUUGUUCGUCCCCAAUGGGCUAUUUCAAAUGUAAGCGU